GAGGUGGUGGGAGCUGAAUGGGGUGUGGGCUCAUUUCUAUUCGUCCACGGACAUCUCUGCAAUCUUCUUUUCUCUUUUUUAAUUCCCCCCUGGAUAUAACUUGGAGAAAUAGCGUCUGUCAAGUUUGCUGCCACCUGGGCUCAACCCAGCUGAAUCAAUUUUGGAGGAUACCCUUGCUGCAACCCUCCGGACGUGCUCCUAGGAGAAGAAGCAGCUAAAGCAAUUUGGCAUCAUUGCUGUUGUUUGAGGAAAAACAUUUCUUUUGACUUCAGAGAGCGCUACCAGGAGGAUCUGUGUGAUGUCCUGAUCUCCCCUCAUUUGCCCUGCUGAGCAUGGGGUAAUGGUGUUUGACCAUGGUGGUCACACAGUUACAACUGGAACUGUGCUUCCAUGGAAAGAAGCUGAGAGGUUUCACCUGCAAGUUGACCAGGUCAGCCAGUGGAUUUCUCCCAGAGACUUCGUUCUCCAUUGCCUCCCAGAUUUUCGUGCCGUUCCUUCUGGCUGGCUUGGGCAUGGUAGCUGCUGGCCUCUUGAUGGAUGUCGUUCAACACUGGGAUGUGUUUCGUACAAUUACAGAAGUUUUUAUCCUGGUUCCUGCCUUGGUUGGCCUGAAGGGUAAUCUUGAGAUGACACUGGCAUCCAGGCUUUCUACUGCUGCUAACACGGGACAGAUGGAUGAUGCCCAGAAGCAAUGGAAAAUGGCCACCUGCAAUUUAGCCCUUAUCCAGGUCCAGGCCACCGUGGUGGGACUUCUGGCUGCUGUUGCUGCUGUGAUCCUGGGAGCUAUCUCCAAGGGCUCUGUGGAGCUGAGUCAGGCUGCCGUGCUGUGUGCCAGCAGCGUGACCACAGCCUUCAUAGCUGCACUUUCUCUUGGUCUGGUGAUGAUUGGCGUGAUCAUCGGAGCAAGGAAAGUUGGGAUCAAUCCAGACAAUGUUGCCACACCCAUAGCAGCAAGCCUUGGAGACUUGAUAACCCUUUCCCUGCUGGCAGGAAUCAGCAGUACGCUCUUCAAAUACAUAGACCAUAUGAAAUACCUUUCUCCACUGAUCUGCGCUGUCUUCAUUGUCAUGAUCCCUCUCUGGGUUGCUAUUGCCAAGCAGAGUCCUUCCCUUGCUGAAGUCCUGAAAUCUGGAUGGCAGCCGGUCAUUGUUGCAAUGAGCAUCAGCAGCAUUGGUGGGCUCAUCUUGGACAAAACUGUAACUGACCCAAAUUUUGAAGGCAUGGCAGUUUUCACACCUGUGAUUAAUGGUGUUGGAGGGAACCUGGUCGCCAUCCAGGCCAGCCGUAUUUCCACAUUCCUGCACUUCUGGAGCAUGCCUGGAGUUUUGCCAUACAAGAUGAGGCAGAAUUGGCCCAACCCAUGCACCACAUUCUUCUCAUCAGAGGUGAAUUCCAAGUCAGCCCGAGUGCUGUUCCUCCUGGUUAUCCCAGGGCACCUUGUGUUCCUCUACACCAUCCAUCUGCUGCAGGGAGGCCACACGUCUCUGUCCUUCACCUUUGUGAUGUUCUAUUUGACUGCUGCUUUGCUGCAGGUGGGAAUCCUGCUCUACGUAGCCGACCUAAUCGUGCGCCUGAUGUGGAGGAAGGCGCUGGAUCCGGACAAUUUCUCCAUCCCCUACCUCACUGCCCUGGGGGACCUCCUGGGCACCGGAUUCCUGGCUGUCUGUUUCCACCUGGUUUGGCUUGUCCACGGUGCAGACAUGAACCUGGGGAACUGA